AUGGACGAGCCCAAUCUGCCAGCGAGGAACGACGUGGGCGCAUCGGGUCGAACGGGGCCCACGCAUGUCGUCAAGCAGUACUGCCUUGGCAGCAACACCGAGUUGGAAGAAAAGGUGCGGGGCGGAAAAGUUGUUAUUGGACGUCUGCGGAUAUUUUCACGCUUUACAGCAGGUCUGGCCUUCGUCGGGAGCCCCGUGUUUCCCUGUGACGUGGUGGUGAGUAGUGUGGAGAACAGGAAACAGGCGCUGCAUGGGGACAUUGUGGCAGUGGAGCUGCUUUCCGAAGAGAACUGGCCCGCCGUUGCAAACGACGUGGAGGGUGACGCGCAGCUGGACGAUGACGACGAUGACGCUGUCGGGGCAAAAGAAGUGAUGCCCGAAAAACUUCCCGAUGGCCGCUUAAUUACGCGGUGGGUGCAAGACACCACGCGUCGGGAUGACUCUUCGCCAGAGCGUCAGUGGGCAAGAAGAAUGUUGGCGCCCACGGUGCAUGACUGGGGGAACAAGAAGCCUUUUGGUGUGGUGGUGGCGGUUCUUGAGCGUCGUAGCCCGUUAUUUGUUGUGGCACGCCUGUGCGACGAUGCAUUGGCACCUAACGACAUUGUGAAGAGUGAUCGUUACUAUAAAUUUAAAUGCUUUGAUCCUCUUAUGCCCAAUAUCGCCGUCUUUGGACGAGACAUUCCGGUGCCCUUGCAUGCCACACUAAAAAAAACUUUUUUUUUCCUGCGUCUCGUAACACGUGGCGACGGGGAAUUUUUUUGGACCGCCUGGAAGUUCCUGACGGGUAAAAUUGUACGCGUUCUCGGUGGGGUUGAUUCCGUGCGAGCAAAUAGCUUUGCGCUAUGCAACGCUUUUGAGAUUUCCAUGAAUGAUUUUUCAGAUGAAGCGUAUGCCUGUGUGCCCGAGGAGUUUGAGGUACCAGACAAGCAGGUAUUGCUGCAUAUGGGAAGGCGUGAUCUUCGCGAGGAGGAGUUUGUCUGCAGCAUAGAUCCUGCCACCGCGCGGGAUUUGGACGAUGCACUGAGCAUCACCUCCACACCUGGUGGGUAUCGUGUUGGGGUGCACAUUGCGGAUGUCUCUUACUUUGUCUCGGCGGGAUCUCCUUUGGAUGAGGAGGCGCGUGAGCGAUCCACCAGUGUGUACCUGGUGGAGCAGGUGAUCCCCAUGUUGCCGCGCAAGUUGAGUGAAGACUACUGCAGUUUGAAUCCCGGCAGCGAUAAAUUUGCCUUUUCCUGUAUAUUUCAUCUUGACCAUCACGGCAAUGUCAAAUCCGAGUGGUUUGGUCAGAGCGUUAUAAGAAACCGCUGCCGUUUGACGUACGAGGACGCGCAACGGAUUCUUGAUGGUGACAAGACGGUUUUUGAUACACUGGAUUUUGGUGACGAGAAGGAUGUGAGGCACCUUUGCGUUCGUAUUGAAGUUUCAAUUCGAACAUUGUUUGAACUUGCGUCGAAGAUGCGGAGCGCAAGCAUGAACCGUGGCCGCCUGACAAUUGGCAACAUGAAGGUCCGAUACCUUUUUGAGGACAUUGCUAAUCCCACAUUCCCUUAUGGCUUUGGCAUCUCGCGACAGAUUGAGGCCAAUUGGCUGGUAGAAGAGUUUAUGUUACUGGCAAACGCACGUGUUGCGGAGAAGAUUGUGGAGUACAUGCCGGAUCAGGCGUUGCUGCGACGACAUGAACCACCGGAUCGCAAAAAACUCUUGACUCUUAAGGAGGCAUUGAGCUCUGUUGGCCUGGAGCUGAGGGGUGGCUCGAGUAAGUCUCUGCAGGGGUUUCUUGAAAAUACCAAGAAUAGUGACUUUUACGACGAGUUGUGUGUGGUACUGAAGUAUUCGCUAAAACAGGCGGUAUAUUUUGUGAAUGGCUGUGAGGAGACCGAGGCGUACAGGGGCCACUAUGCGUUGGCGUUGCCGUGGUACACACAUUUUACAUCCCCCAUUCGCCGCUACUCUGAUAUCAUUGCCCACCGCCAGCUGCUUUGCGCUCUAGAAAUUGAGUCCAUCGUGAAGGAAAGUAAGGGCGGUCCCAAGGAACGUCGUCACCCCGUGUCACCCGGGAGCAUUGAUGCAAACCAACUCUCCACGAGAAAAUACUUUUAUCCCGUCAGUGAGGUAGAGAGCAUUGUUGAAAAGGCCAAUUUGAAGAAAAUAAAAGCCCGUCAAGUGAGCGAUGCUUCACUUGGGAUAUUCUUUUGUUAUUAUCUCAAGGCUCUUAAGCGAGUUAUGGAUGAGAGCGGCAACACGGGGACGCCCUUCACACCACGUGUACAGGCAGUGCUGGUGCGAGUCGUGGAGAAGAAUAGGAGUUUUACCCUCUUCGCAAAGGAGGUGGCACAGGAGGUGCACAUUAGCUUGAAGGAUAAGGAUCAGCUCUUCAAGCAAGACAAACAAGUGGACGGCACUGCGGAUGGAGCGGAGAAGAAGGAGAAAGAGAAAAAUGAUUACGGUAGGGCAGGAAAUAUGGAAAAAACGUCAAACAAACUGAGCAUUCACUGGGGGACUCAUCCCGUGACAGGGGAGGAAGUGGAGGAGGAGUUAAUACCCAUGAUGUCGGUGACUGCCGUGCUGACCAUCAAGAAACAGAAGGGCUAUGAUGAACUUAACAUGAUAAUUGACCCCCCGUGGGAGAGGGUGAGGAAUGGUGUUGCGCCGAUACCCACAACACUUCUACGUAGUUAA